AUGGCUUAUUUAAUGCCGACAAGCUUUUUAUUGCUGGUAAUAUUUUUCUUAUCUAUCUAUCUAUCUAUCUAUCUAUCUAUCUCUAUCUAUCUAUCUAUCUAUCUAUCUCAAUAUAUGUUGGUUUGGGAAAUUAAAAAUAUAACAUGGCGACAAUUUAACCAUCGCAACCCUAUCUUUCUCUCUCUUUCUUUCUUUCUAUCUAUCUCUCUCUCUAUCUAUCUCAGUCUGUUCUUCAUAUCUAUCUAUCUAUCUAUCUAUCACAGCAUAUUAAUAUCUAUCUUCCGGGCGUGGGCAAUCAUGGCUCUUUUCAGAUGUACUUCUCCCGCUUGCAUCUAUCUAUCUAUCUAUCUAUCUAUCUAUCUUAGUCUAUUCUUAUCUAUCUAUCUAUCUAUCUAUCUAUCUAUCUAUCUAUCUCAGUCUGUUCUUCAUAUCUAUCUAUCUAUCUAUCUAUCUAUCUAUCUAUCUAUCUAUCUAUCUAUCUAUCUAUCUAUAUUAGUCUGUUCAUUUCCUUUCUUUCUUUCUUUCUUUCUUUCUUUCUUUCUUUCUUUCUUUCGUUCGUUCGUUCUUUCUUUCUUAGUAUUACUUUGUUUUUCUUUCUUUUUCUUUCUUUCUUUCUUUCUUUCUUUCUAUUGCUCUUUUAAUCUGUUCCCAUUCUUUCUUUCUUUCUUUCUUUCUUUUUUCUUUCUUUUUUCUUUCUUUCUUUCUUUCUUUCUUUCUUUCUUUCUAAUUUUUUCUCUGUUCCUACUUUUAUUUCAUUUAUUAUCUUCUUUCUUUCUUUCUCUCUUUCUUUCUUUCUUUCUUUCUUUCUUUCUUUCUUUCUUUCUUUCUUUUACUGAAAACCAAGCGCAUACAACGUGUCUAUCAAAUCUAUCUAUCUAUCUAUCUAUCUAUCUAUCUAUCUAUCUAUCUAUCUAUCUAUCUCAUCUAUCUAUUUCUAUCUCAUCUUGA